UUUGUGAAAAUUUUCAGAUAUCAGGGACUACACCAAAGACAGUUUGUAUCCCUGCGUCCAGUGCCUGUGCCAUGCGAGAACAGGCUGCUGGAGACGUCGCAACUGCGCAAUGUAUUCGAUAAGCCGGGACUACUGGACAAGGGCAGGAUCCCUCGUGGUCUCUCCAAGCGAUUCCCAACUCAGCGAUGGAGGUUACGACAAGUGUAUGAGAGAUGAAAACUGCAUCGUUGGAACCAUCAUCGAAUACACGAAGUCUUGGGGGGAAAUGGAUUGUAACUGUGAUGGAAGUUUCAACUGCAAAGAUCUUGCUGCCAUCCAUUUAUUCGGAAGAAAAUGUGAACGACCAAUGUUUGGAAGUGUGUAUGCCUCGAGAUUCAAUCACUGUGCAAAUAGAAUUGGCGUGAGUGACAUGUUAACUCAAGAGGGAGGAGAUCUUUGUACAGUACCCGACGCUCAGUGAGGGUACAACUCAUGAAUCGCAAAUAUUAUUCAAGACAUGUGGCGUUGGAAAAAUGUAAAUUUGUUCAAUCCAGAUUGUCAACUGUAUAGUUUGGGUCGAAUUAAAAACUUAAUGAAUUA